AAGCUGGACGCUCAUCCAUUGUGAUAAACGACCUUUACAACCACAGACUCACCCUUCUCUCUGUCGGUCACACUCGCUUCUCGUUGGCCAUGGGCGCCUCAUUGUCAAGCACUCUGACCCAGAUAUUCCCCCCGAAACCGGGGUUUCUCGAGACCAAUCUGCCUAAUCUCGGCGGCAAGGUUUACCUGGUCACGGGGUCCAACACGGGUGUAGGCAAGGAGCUAGCGCGGAUGCUGUACUCGAGGAAUGCCAAGGUCUGGAUCGCGGCGCGCUCGCAGGAUAAGGCGUACAAGGCGAUGGAGGACAUCCGGAAGGCAUGCCCGGCCUCGAAGGGAGACCUAGCGUUCCUGCGGCUCGACCUCGCCGACCUAACCAAGAUCAAGGCGUCGGCAGACCAGUUUCUGGCGGCGGAGACGAAGCUCGACGUGCUGUUCAACAAUGCGGGGGUGCAGAACCCGCUGCCGGGGCCGAGCAAGACACCGCAGGGCUACGAGUACCACCUCGGCGUGAACACGAUCGGGACGUUUAUGUUGACGAAGUUGCUAACACCGCUGCUCGUGGCGACGGCGCGGAGCGACGCGGGCACGUCCCGCGUCGUGUGGGUGUCGUCGUCGGGGACCGAGUUCGUCGGCGAGAAGUCGGUAGGCAUCGACAUGAGCAACCUUGACUACCAUAUCGACAAGCCGUAUCUGGUAAAGUAUGGCCUUAGUAAGGCGGGCAACUGGCUUCAUGGAGUCGAGUUCGCGCGCCGCUACCGCGCCGACGGCGUAAUUAGCAUCCCCCUUAACCCUGGUAACCUCGCGUCCGACCUCUACCGCGACCAAGGGGGGCUUUUCAAGCUGUUCGUCAAGCUCAUUACCUACCCGUCCGUCAACGGCGCCUAUACCCUCCUCUACGCCGGCCUGUCGCCCGACAUCACCAUCGAGAAGACCGGAAGCUGGGUGGUGCCCUUCGGACGUAUCCUCCCGAUCCGGCAGGACCUUGUGGCGGCGACGAAGACGGUGGAGGAGGGCGGUAACGGGACGGCCGAGAAGUUCUGGGACUGGACGGAAGACCAGAUCAAGCCGUACAUGUGAGAAGUCGCAAGCUCGGUCAAUUUCUCGAGGGGUUGGGCGAAUCGUGGGGUUGGCGCUGACGUUAACGAGGGAGAGUAGGAAUCAACGAAGAGGUGGAAUAUAGAUGGAGGGUGUACGUUGUUGUGAUCGUCUACUGCGCCCUCUUCUCUUACUGAUGUCAAGCGUUGCCAUGUUGGCCGGCCGGUGGCGUGCGGCCUCCUUGCAGCGAGUUCCAGUCGGUUGCUAUUUCCUGUCUGGCAGAAGCGAUCAAGAAUACCGUUGCAUACAGGUAAUACCUAAGUACUUGAAUGAUCUCGGUUUCGUAAACGGAAGCGGGGUUUGGCGGUUUGGUAUUUUUGGUGUUGAGUGCACGGCGGAAACGACGUCACGUAUAUCGGGAGGCAAGGGAUCGAAGGAAUGCGCCUUUCAAACGCACCUAUUAUAGGUAAGUAAUGGUAUCGACACAGGGAAUGAUAAGUACCUAGACGAAGGAAGCAUAGGACCUAAGUACCUACCUACCUAUUUUAAGUACCCAUGUACAUGCUGCGCGAUCGGACCCUGAAUGCAAACCUGUACCUCCCUAUACCUGCCUUAGGUAGGUACUUAUUUACCGUUCAUUAGCCGAAGCGUGAGCGUAUUGCGAAUCCGAUACCGGUUAGUUUCUACCUUGGGUAGGUGCUCACUUCUUAAGUACCUCCUCUGCCCGUAGCAUACCCACCCAGGUACCUCAGGUACGACUCCCUACGACAGGUACGUACCUAGCUACC